AUGAUCAAAAUUAAAAAGAAAGAUGAUGAUUUUAUUAAAAGUGAAUCAGCUAAUAAUAUACAAGAGGAACCUCUCACUGAACACAGGUGAGUGUUUUUAGUUUGUUUAUAAUAUUGUCGGACAUCACUAUAUAUAAUGUAUUUCAUUUGGGUGAUUACCUAAUCUGAUUUUAUGAUUUAUAAGAUAGAAAUUCUUGCUUUAUAUGUCAUUUAAUUGGUAUGCUUUAUAAAUGUACAGUUUUUUUAUGUUUUGAAUUUUCAAUGCUUUGUUUAAAUUUGUAUAUCUAAUACUAAAUUUAUGUUUGUUGAAAUUGUUUUUUUAAUUUAAAUAUCGUAUCUUUUAAUAAUAAAUAUUUGUUAAAUUAAGUUUUUAGUGCUUAUUUAUAACUGUUAUGUAAAUUAAAUAUUUCAGAGUUGUGAAAAUGAUCAAAAUUAAAAAUGAAGAUGAUGAUUUUAUUAAAAGUGAAUCAGCUAAUAAUAUACAAGAGGAACAUCUCACUGAACACAGGUGAUUGUUUUUAGUUUGUUUAUUUUUAACUAAUUUUACUAUUAAAUGAAUAUCCUUUUUUUUAAUUAAAAUAAUAUUGUCGGACAUCACUAUAUAUAAUGUAUUUCAUUUGGAUGAUUACCUAAUCUGAUUUUAUGAUUUAUAAGAUAGAAAUUCUUGCUUUAUAUGUCAUUUAAUUGGUAUGCUUUAUAAAUGUACAGUUUUUUUAUAUUUUUAAUUUUUAAUGAUAUGUUUAAAUUUGUAUAUUUAAUACUAAAUUUAUGUUUGUUGAAAUUGUUUUUUUAAUUUAAAUAUCAUUUCUUUUAAUAAUUAUUAUUUGUCAAAUAAAAAACGUUGAGUGCUUAAGGAUAUAGAAGACUGAAUAAUUAAUACAAUAUUGAAAAAUGACCAUUUAAUAUAAUGAUUUAAUACCUAACUUGAUUAUUUACUAGCUGAGAAUUUUUUUUCUCCUAUCAUAAAUAACACUAUUUAAUUCACACAAAGUAUGGAUAUUAUUAAAUCAAACAAACCAUUUUGAUUCUAAAACUGGUUAAUAUCUUCUUUAAAGUAAUAAUGCGUUCAUAAAUUAAAUGUUCUUUUGACGAAAAUAAAUAAUUCUUUUCCAAAUAAUGUCACAAUUUGACUUUUUUUAAAUUUUGUUUAAACCAGUAUUUAUAAUUAAAACAACACAAAAAUAUGAAAAAAAUAAUUUCCUAAUGUUGAACACGGAUUUAUAAUUUAUUUUAAUGACUUAUAGUUUUAAAGAUAUAAGAUUAGUAUAAUAGAUGAUACACAAAUUAAAUAAAAUGACCUACUUAAAAUUAUCAUUUUAAGAAAUAUUUUGUGCAAAAAAUUUCCGAAUGUUUUGUUGUAAACUAUUGUGUUUCUGUAAAACAAAAGUCAUGUGGUUAUCCAGACAAUCAGUGUGAACUCUGAGUGUCUGAUAAAUUUUUAUUGUUAUUUAAUAACUGUUGUCUCAUUUUCACAAAGAGGAAUUCGUUCAAGUAGCAUUUUUUUUUUUUUUUUAUAAAUACCUAAUUCGCACAAAAAUUUGAUUUUAUACUCUUAAUUUGAAAAUAUCAUUAUCACUAAUAAAUUUGUUUUGGAUGUAUUCAAAUUUAUUACACAAUUAAUUUGACACUAAAGAUUUUCAUUUCUGACUUAUAUAGUUACUUAGUUUUCUUAAAAAAAAUAACUGUGAUGUGAGUUGAUUAAAUUAACAAAAAUUGGAAAUUAUUAUUAUUUUUUGGAACUGAAGCAUUUAAAAAUUCUAAUAAAUUAAAUUAAUUAAAUAAUAAAUGAUAAACAAAAUUAUUCAAUCAAUGAAUGUACUUAUUUACAAUUUAAAAUAUAAUAUUUGGCAACACUAUAUAUUAUGUAUUAAAUAAUUUUUAUUGGUUAUUUGUAAUUCUUAUGACAAUUGAAUAUUUCAGAGUUGAGUGUAUGAUGAAACCAAAAGAAGAAGUAGAUGAUUUUAUAAAAAAUGAAAUAGAUAAUAAUUUACAAGAGGAAGCUUUCACUAAACCUAAGUGAGUAUUUUUAAUUUUUUUGUUCAUAUCUAUUUUCAAUAAUAAAUGAAUAUACUUAUUUAUAAUAAAAGAGAUAUUGUUUUAUCUGAUUUUUUGAUUUAUUAAAUAAAAAUUUCUAUUUUAUAUGUCAUUCAUUGUGUAUGCUUUACAAAUGUACAGUUUCAUUAUGUUUUGCCUUUACAGAGGUUAGGUUAUCCAGACAAUCAAUGUAAACUCUGAAUGACUGAUGGAUUUUUAUGUCUAAUUUAUAAUUAUUAUGAAAAUUUAAUUUUUCAGAGUUGAUGUUAUGAUACAUGAAAUUGAUGGUUAUAAAAAAAGUGAAUUAACUAAUAAUUUAAAAGAGGAACCUUUGUAUGAACUCCAGUGAGUAUUUUUAUAAUUUGUAUAUUCAUAUAUAUUUAUAAUUUUAAAUUCAAAUAGACAUUAAUAAUAUGGUACAUUUGAUUUAUUAAUUGCCUUUGCAUAUUAGAAACUCUCUGAUAACAUUUAAUUUAACUUCAUUAUUAAGGCUACUAUGUUUUAUAUCUAUAACAAUUAUAAUUGUUUUAAAAUUGAUUAUUAUAAUUAUUUUAAAUAAAUUUGUUUACAAUAUUACAAAAUUCCCAAUUAACUAGAGAUGAGAUUGCAGGUUUUAUUAAAAUAUAUAUAUAUAUAUUUUUAACAAGAGAAAAUAGAAAGAUACAGAAAGAAACAAUAUAUUUGUUUUUAUUUACAAUUUUAUUUUUAUUUAUAACUUUUAUAUUUAUUUAUUUUGUUUUUAUUUUAACUACAAUAACUUAUCUGUGGAAUGAAAAAAGUUUCAAUCAUUUAAUUUAUAAUAUGAACUAUCUAAUGUCCAUGGGAAAAAUGUACAUAAUAAAAUACUAUAACAUUAUUUAUAUAACUUUCCUCUAUCCUUUCUGUUCAAUGGAUAUUGCAAAUACUGUUUAAACAUUCUUAAAAAACAACAUCACUUAUACCAAAAUUGAUAGUUUUUUUCGAAAAAAUGUCACAAUUUGCCCUUUUUAAAAUUUGAUUUGAACUGGUGUAUAAAUAAGAAAUAAUACAAUUAAAGGAAAAAUUAAUUUCUUAAUGUUGAACACAGAUUUAUAUUAUAUAUAAUUAUAAAUAAUAUAAUAUCUAAUAUCAAUGAAGCUAUAAGAUUAGUAUAAUAGUUAUAUACAAGUUAAAUAAAUUUACAUACCUAAAAUUAUCAUUUUGAGAAAUAUUAGUCCACAGAAUUUCAGCAUUUAUUUUGUUUAUUGUUGGGUUUCCUAAGAACAAAAUUCAUGUGGUUUUCCAAACAGUGUGAACUCUGAACAACUAAAUAAAGUGUAUUGUAAGUUAAAAUUAUUAUGUCAUUUACAUUUUUCAGAGGUGAUGGUGUAGUCAAACAUGAAGAAGGAAUUAAUCAAUAUAUUAUAAGUAAGAUAACUAAUAAUUCAAAAGAGGACUCUUUAUAUCAACCCCAGUGAGUAUUUUUAAUUUGUUUAUUCAUAUCUAUUUAAAAAUUUUAAAUUCAAAUAGACAUUUUUAGGCAGAAAUAGACAGAACACUAUUUUUAAUAUUAAAUGAAUAUACUUAUUUUUAAUUAAAAUAAUAUUGUUGGCCAAUGAUAUAAAUAUUGUAUUUCAAUUAGGUGAUUAUCUAAUCUGAUUUUAUGGUAUAUAAGAUAGAAACUCUAGUUUUUUAUAUAAUUCAAUCUUUAUGUUUUUUAAUAAACAUUUUAUUUUAAAUUUAAUAAAUGUUUAAUUUAAUAUUAUUUAUAUGCCAAAUAAAUAAUUAUUAAAGCUGAAGGACAAAGAAUACUGACUAAAUAAUGCAAUAUUUAAAAAUGAUAAUUCAAUAUCAAAAAUUAAUUUUUAAAUUAAUUAUUUACUAGCUGAGAAUAUUUUUCUCGUAUCAUAACGUUAUUUAAUUCACACUAAGUAUGGAUAUUGUUAAAUCCAACAAACCAUUUUGAUUCUAAAUCUGGUUAAUAACNAUUAUAUAAUAUUUAUUAUAAUAUUAAAUAUAUCAGAGUUGAGAUAUCCUCAACUAAUAGAUGAUAUACAAAUUAAAUUAUAUGACCUACUUGAAAUUAUCAUUUUGAGAAAUAUUUUGUCCACAUAAUUUCUGAGUGUUUUGUUGUAAAUUGUUGUGUUUCUGUAAAACAAAAGUCAUGUUGUUAUCCAGACAAUCAGUGUGAACUCUGAGUGUCUGAUAAAUUUUUAUUGCUAAUUAAUAAAUGCAAUGUAAAUUAAAUAUUUCAGAGUUGAGAAUAUGAUCCAAAUUGAAGAAGAUGAUGAUUUUAAUAAACAUGAAUCAGCUAAUAAUUUACAAGAGGAACCUUUCACUGAACCCCAGUGAGUGUUUUUAGUUUGUUUAUUUAUAACUAUUUUUAAUAUUAAAUGAUUACACUUAUUUUUAAUUAAAAUAAUAUUGUUGGUCAAUGCUAUAAAUUGUGUAUUUCAAUUAGGUUAUUACCUAAUCUGAUUUUAUUAUAUAUAAGAUAGAAAUUCUAGUUUUUAUAUAAUUCAAUCUGUAUGCUUUACAAAUGUACAGUUUUUAAGUUCUGCAUUUACAAUCUUUUGGUUAAAUUUGUAUACUUAAUAAUAAGUUUACUUUUUUCAACAAUUAUUUUUAAAUUUAAUAAAUGUUUAUAUCAAUGUUAUUUAUAUAACAAAUAAAUAAUUAUUAGGGCUAAAGGACAAAGAAUACUGACUAAAUAAUGCAAUUUUAAAAAAUGAUAAUUCAAUAUCAAAAAUUAAUUUUUAAUUUAAUUAUUUACUAGCUGAGAAUUUUUUUUCCUAUCAUUAACCUAUUUUAUUCAUACUUUAAAUUAUAUAAUAAAGCUGAAAACACGAUUUUAAUUUUAAAUCUGGUUAAUAUCUACUUAUAGGUUUGACCAAAAUGGAUACCUUUUUAUGAAAAAAUGUCUCAAUUUGCCCUUUUUAAAAUUUGAUUUGAACUGGUGUAUAAAUAAGAAAUAAUACAACUUAAAAGAAAAAUUAAUUUUUUAAUGUUGAACACAGAUUUAUACUAUAUUUAUUUAUAAAUAAUAAAAUAUCUAAUAUCAAUGAAGCUAUAAGAUUAAGAUAAGAUUAGAAAUUUACAUACCUAAAAUUAUCAUUUUGAGAAAUAUUAGUCCACAGAAUUUCAGCAUUUUAUUUUGUUUAUUGUUGGGUUUCCUAAGAACAAAAUUCAUGUGGUUUUCUAAACAGUGUGAACUCUGAACAACUAAAUAAAGUGUAUUGUUAGUUAAAUUUAUUAUGACAUUUAAAUUUUUCAGAGGUGAUGGUGUAGUCAUACGUGAAGAAGGAAUUAAUCUAUAUAUUAUAAGUAAGAUAACUAAUAAUUCAAAAGAGGACUCUUUGUAUGAACCCCAGUGAGUAUUUUUAAUUUGUUUAUUCAUCUCUAUUUAUAAAUUUUAAAUUCAAAUAGACAUUAAUAAUAUAGUGCAUUUGAUUUAUAAGUUGCCUAUGCAUAUUAGAAUCUUUCUGAUGUCGUUUAUUUCAUCACCAAUAUUAAUUUUGUAUUGUUUUUUAUUAAAACAAUAAUGAAUGUGUAAAAAUAAAUAAUCAAUAAUAUUUUAAAAAAAUUUUAAAGAAAAUUGUUUAAAAUAACAUAAAAUCCUCAAUUAACUAAAGAUGAGUUGGCAGGUUUAAGUAAAAAAAAUAUAUAUAUAUAUAUAACAGGAAAAAAUAGAAAGAUACAGAAAGAAACAAUGUAUUUGUUUUUAUUUAAUAUCAUAUAUCUAUUAUCAACUACAAUAACUUAUCUGUAGAAUGAAAAAAGUUUCAAUCAUUUAAUUUAUAAUAUGACCUCUUUAAUGUACAUGGAUAAAAAUUUCAUAAUAAAAUACUAUAACAUUAUUUAUAUAACUUUCCUCUAUCCUUUUUGUUUAAUAGAUAUUGCAAAUACUGUUUAAACAUUCUUAAAAAACAACAUCACUUUGAUAUGCCAUCCUGCUUGAGAUAUUCUUUUUUCUAGAAUAUUGUUAUUCAUAUUAUAUUUAGUCCUUUAUAUAUUAUUUGUAUUAUAUUGUACUGUACAAACCUCUUUAGUAUUUAAACAGUAUUAAUAUUUAUCAAAAUUAUCUUUUUUUUAUCAGGCCCAAAUAUAUCAAGAACAGAAUUGAAGUAGAUGUGAAUGGAGAAACGCAUGCUAGAAAACAACCUACUGAGCGUAAAAUAAAUAAAGAUAAACGUCGUGGCAGGGUUAAUAUUUACCCAUGUUUAGAAUGUAAUCUGACAUUUAAAUAUAAUUCUAAAUUAACUGAACAUAAAAAUAUUUAUCAUAACAAUAAGAAAUACGAAUGUGAGGUAUGCGACAUGAAUUUUACACAUAAAUCUAAUUUAACUCAACAUGAAAAAAUUCAUAGUGGGCAAAAAUCGUACAAAUGUGAAAUAUGCAACAUGAAAUUUAAUAGGAUAGUCCAAUUCGUUUUGCAUAAAAGAAUUCAUAAUGGGAAUACACCUUUCAAAUGUUUAACAUGUAAAAAAGAAUUUACUUUUAUAGCUGAUUUAACUAAACAUAAAAAUACUCAUAGGGAGAAUUAA